AGUACUUCCUGUACACGGAUACCAGCCUGCAGAGGUAUUGACAACAUAUUCCCCUUUUCCCCCUACAGUAGCAGCCGGUCCUCCAAGACCUUCAAGCCCAAGAAGAACAUUCCAGAAGGCUCCCAUCAGUAUGAGCUCCUCAAGCACGCCGAAGCCACUCUGGGAAGCGGGAACCUGCGGCAGGCCGUCAUGCUGCCCGAAGGCGAGGACCUCAACGAGUGGAUCGCUGUUAACACCGUGGAUUUUUUUAACCAGAUCAACAUGCUCUAUGGGACGAUCACUGAAUUUUGCACAGAAGCAAGCUGCCCGGUGAUGUCUGCAGGCCCCAGAUACGAGUACCACUGGGCUGAUGGCACCAACAUCAAGAAGCCAGUUAAAUGUUCUGCACCCAAAUAUAUCGACUACCUGAUGACGUGGGUCCAGGACCAGCUGGAUGACGAGACGCUUUUCCCCUCCAAGAUUGGGGUCCCGUUCCCCAAGAACUUCAUGUCGGUGGCCAAGACCAUCCUGAAGCGCCUGUUCCGGGUCUACGCGCACAUCUACUACCAGCACUUCGACGCCGUGAUGCAGCUGCAGGAGGAGGCGCACCUCAACACCUCCUUCAAGCACUUCAUCUUCUUCGUGCAGGAGUUCAAUCUGAUCGACCGUCGUGAGCUGGCCCCUCUUCAGGAGCUGAUUGAGAAGCUCGGCUCCAAGGACAGAUAGGUGGCCCCAGCAGGAUGACCCCCAGCCUGACCCCCCCAGCCCCGCCCCUGAUCGGGGUCGCUUCCUCUUGGUCAGUCUGGGUGCUUACUGGGACCGACCCUCCUUUGUUUCGUCUGGAGCCAGACUGGCCAAAGCUUCUGCACCCGGGCCUCGGGCGGCCCCCGGAGCCCUCCUUCCUUCCUGAGCCGGGAUGGCCCUCGGAGCCCUCCUGCCCCUUCCCGGGCCUGCCUGGGUACUUCACCACAGCCAUUUCUUCUCAGUCCCCUGCAGCCCGCUGUGCCGUUGUUCCCUGGGGAUCCAGUGUCCUUCCUGGGUUUUUCUUUUUAAGCAGAAUUCCGAUCCUGGCCGGUCCCCAUCCCCCUUUCUUCUGUUGUUUUUUACAGUAUUGGAAAUGCUGAGGGGGGUGGGCUGGGAUCUGAGACUUCCCGCCCAUCCUCAGGAGACUCAGAGCAGCUUGCCCAGAGCUCAGUCUUCGGGUGCCCGAGGGACUCCUGGUCUCCUUAAAAAAGACAGAAGGGCGGUUUGAUGGUUCUACUAGGUCUUCUCAAAGUUCCGGGGGCACUUUUUGGGGGGUGGGGGAGAAGAGGGUCUGUAUUCUUGCGGGGGUGGGAGAGGCCGCCCUCCUGGGCCAGCUCACUGCGCGGGCUUCUCAGAAACCAAAGGAAAUUCUAUCCAAGGCAGGACUUGGAUUUCCUCCCCCCAGGGAGGGAGCUUGGUGCUUUUCUUGUUUUCCCUAAAUGAUCCCUAACGGGAUUUCCAAAUAUAGGCGCUAGGGUGCGAAAGGGCCCGGUUCCCUGAUGAGCUUCAGGGUUCUAGGAAGUUGGGGGGGUCAUUUGUUUUGCAAAGCAGAGGUGCUCCGCAUGCAGACCCGGUCCCAAAGCCACUCUCACUCCGGCCGUUUUGUUUUUUCAUUCUCCACAACAUUAGAAAUGCUGGUGGGGAGAGACCCUCUCAUGGCGCAUUUAGUUCUGUCUGGACUCUUGUCACAAGCAUCCUCGGGUCUGUUCUGGUGUUUUUCUCUGUGCACUUUGAACCUUAACUGCCUUAAGGAGGCCAUUAGCAUAGGCUGGAAAAGCCCCAGGACUGGGGACUCCAAGCCUGGGCCUAUGUGGGGCAGAAGGCCUUGGACCCUGGGAAAAAAGCAUUUCCUUUUGUGACUAGUGUGUUGUUGUGUCCCAUCCCUCUGGGCAAACGUAUUGUUUUUUGGGGGGGAAAUGUCUUUUUUAGUUGGUUCCUAAGAGAGGAAAUAAUCUUGGCUUAUGAGAGAAGCCCUGGCUUUGGAACCGAUGGGAUUGGCUUCAGGGCGGCGUUCGCAGGGCUCAGACAAGAGACACCCCCUCUGACAGGGACGGCCCGUGUGACCUCGGGCACAUCAGUGACUUCAGUUUGCCCAUCUGUAAAAUGGGGGGAUUGGGCUGGACAGCUUUCCUUCGGAUCCUCUGAUCUGCUGCUUCCUCUGGGCCUGUUUAGCUUUAAGUGUGUAACAAGGCGGAGGCCAGGGGUUGGACCGGCCUCCUUGACUGACUGGCCUCCCCUAAGCAGACAGGCCCUGGGUUUGAAGAGGCCCCUUGAAGACAUGUGCCAAAAGUGAGAAAAAUGGCGCCUGAUCUUCUUCUUGGUUGGGCCCCACCUGUUGGUACCAUGCAGUGGAACUGGCCCUGGGCCUGAACUCACUUAGAAACUUGUUAAGCCUCACAGACAAACCGUGCCCCUUUGACCAAAGCCGGUUGGGGAGGCCCGCCAUCUACCAGAGCUCAAAGAGCCUUCCUCCCCCCAUCCUCACUGGGUUUUGCCAAGGGAUCAGCCCUGGUUCUGGUUCUUGGCUCAUUUCCCGCGUCCCAGUGCCACGGCCCCCCCGAGAGCCCUCGUUCCCCUCUGUGCCCAGGGUCUCACCGUUGCUCAGUCCCCUUCUUGCAGAGUCUUCUGGGACUGUGUUGGCUGAAUCCUGAAUGUGAACAUUAAAAGCACAUUGUAAAUCCCACCAACACAGAAGCCCCGUGAUCCGGGUUGGCUUCUUUUCCUUGGAAGGGUCUUCCUCGGUCUUCCUGCCUCUGUCACUGGUAGGGGAGCUCUGCAGGUGAGGAGGGGGGCAGAUAGUCUGACCAAACAGUCCCAGAACAAGGGGAAGAAGGGUCUGUGGCUCGGGCUCCAGCUCUGCAGGGGAGGAGCGGACCCCCCGCUGCUGCCUGGCAUCCCCGCUUUCUAGUUUUAUAUUAAAAUACAUAGGAAAUCCUUGCCUCCCCAGGGGCCAGCAGUGUGGCUGAGCUGCCUGAGCCUUUAGCCUUCAUCCAGGCGGGCCUCUGUGGAUCAGAGGCCCAGAAGUGCCGCCCCACUUUUUAAAGGCACAGGGAGGCACGGGAUGUGCCCGAGGUCACACAGGGCUCCAGGGCCAGCCCAGAAACAACCUGGGGCUCUGGGACCGCGCCACAAUUCUCCCCGCUGCUAAUCCUCAGAUUUCAAGUCAGAGGGACCAGUGCUGGGGCUCCGGACCCGGCUGGGGGCCGCAAACUCGCCAUCUUUAUCUGUUUCAGUUGCUUUAUGGUUGCCUUUUAUUCUACAUAUUUUAUGCAUUUAGGUCCAUGUUAUAGAGAAGGGGUCCUUGAUAGAAGGCAUUAGGGACCUUUUAUGUGAUGGUUGAGGUCAGUUCCCAGGCCAGCCUGUAAGGUCACACCUAGUAUUGGGCAGUGAAGGAAAAAGGGAGCUUGACUCCUCUGCCCACGGAUGCCAGGGUAUGAAAAAGGUGCACUCUCCUGCCUUUCCCUUACCUUUUAAAGCCACUCUCUCCCAGGCCCUCCACUGAAUCUCUUUCCUCCCUCCUUCCCUUCCUUCCUCCCUUCUUUUCCUCCCUCCCUCUCUUUCUGAUUCAGGAUUGGCCCAGAUACCAGACAGGUGUGAUUUCCUAAGACAAAAGAAACAGCACCUACUAAUCAGAGAGCUGGAAAAGGUUCCAGUCCUUUCUCCAGAGGCUUAAUGGGUUUCUCAGCCCUACCUGGAAAUCACUGUUUGUUCUUAUUGUACAGAAGAUUUCCUGUUGGGCAAUGUCAGACUGGAUGACCCCAGGGCCCCGUCCAUCUGGAAGGUUCUGUGGUCUCCUUGUCCACCAUACUCGUUUUACACAGGCAGGAACCAAGGCUAGAGUGACCCGAGAGCCCCUCACCUCAUUCUCUGGUGUCCUUUCAGUGGAUGGAUUUGCUUUUAGCCUCCUAACAGAAAAGCGGAGCAGGUCACAUUUUUUCUACCCUUGUUUUUAUCAGGACGACCUCUGGGGAGAAGGGUGUGAAUUAGAACAGGAGAAGCUUGCAUAGGAUGAAAUCUCAUUUUGAUUUCCAGUGUCAUUUCCAGAAAAUUCUGUAGCCAAUGGUGUGUCCGAGGGCUAAUCAGUUGAAGACCUUGCACCCGAGACGCUCUUGGCUCUUUUCUGUUAAUACCAAAUUCUCUCUCUGGAGAGCUCUGUGAGUGAGAACUGGCGGUGGCCCGUUAUCACCCCUCUUACAGAUAAACCGCCGCUUUUGGAAGUCGUCUGCCUAAGUUAACCUUGGUUAUGACCCAGAAAGUUUUUAUAAUGAUUUUUUACAUCAAUUCCAGAAGCUUUAGUGACUUUUUCCUUCAGUAAGUUUCUUCAACUUUUUAAAAGAGUGUUUUGUAUCGACUUUUGUAACUUUAUUUUCACUAGAAUAAAGCAUGUGGAAAGAAAA